AUGAUUAGCCGAACAGUGGCGAGGUCACUUCUUGUGGCUUUUGUGGCACAAAGUUUUCUUUGGUCACAUGGCCACGCCGCUCCUGGAGUCAAAGGCGGGUACCGGCGCUACGUGCAGUCAACCACCACCACUGAAAAGCCCUACGAUCACCGCCAGGAACAACAAUCAUCCUCGGGACAAAGCUCUCAGAAUUCACUAGACUUGAAAGAUGACGCGUCGGGCCAGUCGACUGUUCAGCAAACGUCUGGAGGAUAUCAAGGAAAUUUGAUCGGAAAAACUGACGAACAAUCUUUCUCGCAAGGGCAGAUCGAAAAGUUAACUGGUGAAUCUGGAUCUCCAGGACAAACGUACGCCUCACAGAGUGAUAUAGAAAAAUUACUCGGCGUAGACAGUGAAGCGGAGUCUGGAUCAGGAUCUGGGCAUUCUUCGAGUGGCCAAGGGUUGCACGUCGACUACGCCCUUCUAGGUGAAAUCAACACUCUGGAUGCAAAUCACAACACGAACAGCGGUCUAGUACGUGAAGAUCAACUAUCACAGAGUUCCGGUCGUUUCGAAGAUUCUACAUUGGAAGUUCAAACUGGUCAACAUAAUCAGGUAACAGGUUCGCAUUCACAUGGUUCGCAAAGUGAGAAAGUAGCACAUCAUGGAACUGAUCAUAGUUCUCAGGGACAGAUCGAAAAACAUGUACAAAACCAGGCAAACUCACAUGUAGCUCAAGGACAGAUUGACAAGCUGGCCGUUCAAAAUCAAGCUGAAGGCUACGGUUCACAGGGACAGAUUGACAAGCUGGCCGUUCAAAAUCAGGCUGAAGGCUACGGUUCACAGGGACAGAUUGACAAGCUGGCCGUUCAAAAUCAGGCGGAGAGCUACGGUUCACAAGGACAGAUUGACAAACUGGCCGUUCAAAAUCAGGCUGAAGGCUACGGUUCACAAGGACAGAUUGAAAAAUCGGCCGUUCAAAAUCAGGCGGAGAGCUACGGUUCACAAGGACAGAUUGACAAACUGACCGUUCAAAAUCAAGCCGAAGGCUACGGUUCACAGGGACAGAUUGACAAGCUGGCCGUUCAAAAUCAGGCGGAAGGCUACGGUUCACAAGGACAGAUUGACAAGCUUGCCGUUCAAAAUCAAGCUGAAGGCUACGGUUCACAAGGACAGAUUGACAAGCUCCGAUCAAAAUCAGGCUGA